CCUCCUAUCUCAGUAAUGCUCGUCGCUGGCCCAGGAAUGGACUGCAUCCUCAACGCAAUCUUUUUCAUAGCCGGCGUAAUACCAGGCCAUAUCCACGGCUUCUACAUAACAUGCACCUAUUUCCACCGCAAGCGGAAAGUAAAGAAGGGACGCUAUCCUGGCGGCAGGAAAACCUUCAUCUUCAGCGAGCAGGUCCGGAAUGGCGGG